AUGACGAAGCGACCACUCGUCGACUAUGCGAGUUCGUCGGAAGAUGAAACGGGGACAGGAAAGGGAAUCAGUGCCACCACUGGGGACUCCCCUGAGGCUAGACAGCUAAAGAAACAGAAACGUCUACCUCCCUUGUCAGAUGCUGUCUCCCCGCCUCCGCCCUUACCCGAUCCCGCUGCCCACCAAGGACGAAUACGGGCUCAGCCCCAUGUCGAGGGCCAAUGGGCUGCUCAUGUCUACGUCCCAAUUCCGCUUUCAGGCUGCCCCUUGAACCUGCGUAAAUUGCUCCACAGACUGUCAAAAGAGGCGCUCACUGGAGUCCCCGAGCUGUACCCAUUUCUCGAAUUUGAUGGCAUGCGUCUUUCGUCUGAGAAACAGGAAGAGCUUCACAUCUCCCUUUCACGUCCCAUAUUCCUUCGCGCACACCAAAGAGAAGGAUUGAAGAAAGCUGUCAAGCGAGUUGCUCACUCUUCAAAGCGGUUCCAGGCGUCGUUCUCGCGUUUGACGGUUUUCCGCAACGAUGAAGGGACACGAGCAUUCUUAAGUAUCGAAUUCCGAGGACUGGCUGACGGCCUGACUAACAUCCUCGCCUAUAUUCGACAGAAGGAAUACUACACUACUCCAAGAUUUCACGCAUCCAUUGCAUGGGCUCUACUUUCGGGUGCGCCACCCUAUCAGCCAAUCGAUGUCUCGGGGACAAGCCCUGGCGAUAAAAUAACACAGGAUAACUUAGAUCGUCUUCACGCACCAGACAUUCAACGUGGAUCUCCCCUAGAGGAGGCCUCUGCAACAGCCAGGUCGUUCCCGUCCGUUUCCUGUAUACCAAACAGCUUUAUUGAUAGACUGGAGCGGGAGUUCGGUGAUGAAUUGCGACGUGUAGGGAGGCUGGAUAUUGAUCGGGUGUCUGUGAAGAUAGGGAAGGAAGUCUUCACAUGGGGGCUGCGGGAUUAA